AUGAAAUUCGAUAACGUUUUUGGGUGUCACGUAUCAAAAGGUCAUAGAAAACGUUCAAAGAAAUGUUCAACCUACCAAAUUGAGGGAGCCAAUCUAUUACCGCCAAUGAUGGGCCAAUCACCUGAAGAUCACGUCACACCAUUUAUACACCCAUUCAAAUAUACUAGUGUGGACCUGUUUGGUCCUGUUAGUGUCGUCAUUGAUCGCCAACAAGAAAAAAGAUGGGUUGCAAUUUUUACCUGUGUUUCCGCAAGAGCUGCCUACUUGGAGAUUGUUGAAAACCUGUCAACGAACGCCUUCAUUUUUAGCUUGCGAAAUUUUGUCAACAGGCGUGGUAUUCCAGUUCGUAUUCGAUGUGAGAAUGAUAUCAACUUUAUAGGGGCGCAGAAAGAACUACAAGCAAACGAGAAAAUCUUAGACACCGAUCGCAUCUCACAGGAGCGUUCCAACAACUACAUCGAGGGUAUUUUCAAUCGCACUGCCAACCCAAGCACUGGUGGUUGCUGGAAACGUUUAAAUCGUUUCGUAAAGCGCCUGUUAAGCCACGGUUUGAAGAAUGCCAUACCAAGAAUUGAGACACUUGGAAGUGUACUCAACGAAGCCGAAAAUGUCAUUAACUCUCGCCAGCUUACUGACGUACCUAUUACGGCUGAGGACGCCGAACCGGUCACACUAAAUCACUUUUCUUAUAGGAUGCACCAACUUCCCUCAGAAGCCGCAGCCGUACGAUGA